GGGCGUGAAAGUGUCCGGGUCAGAGUCUCUGCGGGACCCGGUGUUUCCUGGUUUGGCAGGAGGAUUUGCAUUUUGGCGGGCGCGGAGUCUGUCGGGUGGUGAGAAGCAGGAGCCGGGGCAUGGAUAGCCGUCUGCAGGAGAUCCGGGAGCGGCAGAAGUUACGGCGGCAGCUCCUAGCUCAGCAGUUGGGAGCUGAAAGCGCGGAUAGCAUUGGUGCUGUGCUAAAUAGCAAAGAUGAGCAGAGGGAGAUCGCUGAAACGAGAGAAACGUGCAGGGCUUCCUAUGAUACGUCUGCCCCAAAUUCAAAACGGAAGUGUCUGGAUGAAGGAGAGACUGAUGAAGACAAAGUAGAAGAAUAUAAGGAUGAACUAGAAAUGCAACAGGAGGAAGAAAAUUUGCCAUAUGAAGAAGAGAUUUACAAAGAUUCCAGUACUUUUCUUAAGGGAACGCAGAGCUUAAAUCCCCAUAACGAUUACUGCCAGCAUUUCGUCGACACUGGACACAGACCUCAGAAUUUCAUCAGGGAUGUAGGUUUAGCUGACAGAUUUGAAGAAUACCCUAAACUUAGGGAACUCAUCAGACUAAAGGAUGAGCUAAUAGCUAAGUCAAAUACUCCUCCUAUGUACUUACAAGCAGACAUAGAAGCCUUUGACAUCAGAGAAUUGACUCCCAAAUUCGAUGUGAUUCUUCUGGAGCCUCCUCUGGAAGAGUACUAUAGGGAGACCGGCAUCACCGCCAACGAGAAGUGCUGGACCUGGGAUGAUAUUAUGAAGUUAGAAAUCGAUGAGAUUGCAGCACCUCGGUCAUUUAUAUUUCUCUGGUGCGGUUCUGGGGAAGGAUUGGACCUUGGGAGAGUAUGUUUGCGAAAGUGGGGUUACAGAAGAUGUGAAGAUAUUUGUUGGAUUAAAACUAAUAAAAACAAUCCUGGAAAGACAAAGACUCUAGAUCCAAAGGCAGUUUUCCAGAGAACAAAGGAGCAUUGCCUUAUGGGGAUCAAAGGGACCGUGAAGCGCAGCACAGAUGGGGACUUCAUUCAUGCCAACGUUGACAUUGACUUAAUUAUCACAGAAGAACCUGAAAUUGGCAAUAUCGAAAAACCGGUAGAAAUUUUUCACAUAAUAGAGCAUUUUUGUCUUGGUAGAAGACGUCUUCAUCUUUUUGGGAGAGAUAGCACUAUCAGGCCAGGCUGGCUCACAGUUGGACCAACGCUUACAAAUAGUAACUACAAUGCAGAAACAUACGCGUCCUAUUUCAGUGCCCCCAAUUCAUACUUGACUGGAUGUACAGAGGAAAUCGAGAGGCUUCGACCAAAGUCACCUCCUCCCAAAUCCAAGUCUGACCGUGGUGGUGGAGCUCCCAGAGGAGGAGGGAGAGGGGGGACAUCUGCUGGCCGUGGUCGUGAAAGAAAUCGAUCCAAUUUCAGAGGAGAAAGAGGUGGCUUUAGGGGGGGCCGUGGAGGCACGCACAGAGGCAGCUUUACACCUCGCUAACUCCUACAGUUUACAGUGUCCCCUCCGAUCUUGAUCGUGAGGCAGACGUGCUUCCAAACUCACUCCCAGCUUGCACUUUGCUUUAGUUUCUCAUGCUGCCAGAAAGAUCUUAACAAUCCUUCCCCAUCCCCAGGUCCUUGCAGUUGUCACAGACUGCAGUUUAACUCAGGGCAGGUGAGUCACGUGUAUGCAACCCUCGGACACUGACUUGACUGAUGUCGGUCAAGGCUUUGGCUUCUUGGAAACGGGCCAGUGGCUUGGGCAUCUCAGGAGUAUGGCAGGGGCUGGGGCCUGGCUUCCUUGUCAUGGCUGCCGCGGCAGCAGGAGACUGGGAACCUGGGUAGAACAGGCUUGAGAGAGGUCCUCACUCUCUUUUGGGCCUUUAAUAUUUUCUUGUUGAAACACUAGAAAGAUGUAGUUUUCCCCCUUACUUUUAAAUUCUAAAAAAUAACAUGAAGUAUCAUUUGAGGAUUGAAGACUCGGAGAGAUGAAAUGAAAUCACUUUCUUCCAAAUCUGAAUCUGAGGUUGUUGGAGCCCUCGGGGUAGGUAACGGAAGAGGCAGAGCUUCAUAAACUUAAAACCAAAGCUUAUCAUAAUGUAAAUUAGUGACUAAGGAUGACUCGUAAUCAUGCUUCUUAAGAAGCUAGAGAAGGCAGGCCUGUGUCCAGGCCGGAGAGCCGGGCAGUGAGCUUGAACUUGGACUGACCUCAGACGGUUCAUAUUUCUUAGAAAAGGUAAAAACAGAUUUGCUCAGGGGAGGGGCUGGUUUAAACAGUUUAGAAAAUAAAUGCUUGAUGAGGAAAUGACGGACAUCUUUAAAGUUGUUACUAAAGAAAAUUUAGGUAAAAGCGACUACAGAACACCCUAAGGAUCCAGCCUGGAAGAGGAAUUGGUUAGACUGUAGUGCAGAAGUCUCUGCAGGGCUGACGGUCAGAUCUCUGGCCGUGGAAAGCUUCAUACUGUUGCCUUUCUACCCCUAAGUCCUGUUUGAGUGGAUUCAGAUAUGCAAGAUGAGAUAAUGCCAUCAUUGUUCUUGGUAACUCCUUUUUUACUUUGCUAUAACUUUUUUAAUAAAAAUUUAAACCUUUGAAAUGA